UCUUGGGAAUGUGAUCUGAAAUCUGUUUCAUUUUCAUUUGGUCACGUAAAUAUCAUCGUAAACGUCCACAGAUAGCCCUUCUGGAAGGUUGGGAGCAUCCCAGCUCUUCGAAAUGAUCCUCCCGCCAGAAAUGCCACGAGUCACAGCAGAGUAUGCGAACGCACCGCGCAAUGACUUCACACAAGGACGUCAUCAAGCAUUGGCACUAGGGUCGAAUAGCUCUCAGGACAUGUAUGUAAACACGUGUGCAAACGACACAACUGGUUUGAAGUGGUUGUGAUUCUCCACCAAGACAUCGUGGACCCUGAACUUCCCUGACGGCUGAAGCGGACCAUGGACGCCGUUGACAGGAGAAAUUUAUGAUGCCAAGGGAUAAGUUUCGGAUCAAAGUUAGAUGUUCUGGCCCUGGGGUUGUGAGGUUUGGUUCAACGCUGCCCUUUACGAUAGUGUGGCUGCAGACAACUCAUCGGAGGGGAACGUGUCGAAACGAACUUCGACACGCGGUGGAUUAGACGGAAGGGGUAAAACCUUGGACAGUCAGGGGAAGAUCCGGUAUGAUAGACACCCUGCAGUCAGGGUGGAAGUCACGAGUCCGCCGUCAAAGGGUGUUCAGUAGCGGAAUAGUGCCUCUGUCGCCAGACGCGCUUCCGAAUCAUCCGUUAGUGAGAUUCAGGUGAAUUAGGUAUGGGACCCAGUUAGCUGGCGAACAACUAUCCGGGCGACCGGGGGCACCAUACAUCGCUCCUUACUAUAGUCCGCCCCACUAGGCGACGACUAGAAGCCCGGAAAACCAGAAUGUGAGAAAAUUCCUCUCCCCACUCGCCUGCGAGGAGAGAAAGAUAGGGGGAUUUGGGAUGUGGUCGUCAAAUGCUGGUCAUAAUCUUGACACCUUGGAGGUGUAUCCGACUGAACGCGCGGGUCCUUGGACAGCGCUCACUUCUGGCUUGGGCGUUGAAUUUGGGAUCAUCCA